UGGCUACGUGUGGCAUCCGAGGGUCGCCAAGGCGAGUAGCCAUGGCAUCUCGACAGUCAGUUCGUGUCAUCUCUCAAGAAUGGACGCAGAAGAAAUUGCACUUCUUUGUUAUAUACGUGGCAGAAAAAUGAAAAAAGAAAAGAAAAAAAAGAAACUAUGGGUUCAUCCUACGAUAUUUAGAAAAUCGAUUAGUGCGGAAGAAAAACUAUUUGUGUCAUUGAGGUAUUUUGCGUCAGGAUGUUCACUCAUGGAACUUUACUACAACUACAGACUCGGUCAUACAACAAUUUGCACAAUAAUUAGAGAAGUAUGUAGCGUUAUAUGUCAAUAUCAGGAACAGUUUAUAGGUCUACCAAAGACAGAAAAUGAUUGGGACAAAGUUGCAAGAGGAUUUGAAACAAUCGCAAACUUCCCUCAUUGCAUCGGCGCCAUUGACGGGAAACGCAUGAGAGUAACAAAACCGAUGCAUACUGGAUCACUAUAUUUCAACUACAAGCAUUAUUUUUCAAUUGUACUACUUGCUCUGUGUGACGCUAAUUACAAUUUUCUUUAUAUAGACGUUGGAGCGUAUGGAAAAAGCAGCGAUUCAGCAAUUUAUACAUAAAGAACUUGGAGAUUGCCCAAAAAUAUUUAUUAAAAAUUCUUUAUAGCAAGAGCAAAACUCAUCCAUCUAAUGAGCUAUACCAUGAGUCUGGAAUUAUGGACAUUAGGCAAACCUUUAUUCAUAAUUGCAU